CAUAAAAAUAAUAAAUAAAUAAAUAAAUACGUAAAUAAGUGUUCAAAAGUUCUAAAAGAAACACUGGUGACUGUGAUGAGGAAAGACAGGAAGGGACAAGCGCAUGAGCGGGGGCAUCGGGAGAUCAGGCUGAGGGCAGUGGGGAGACAGUGAGAUUCUCUGUAUUCUCACGCAUUCACGAUGGAUUGGAUGUGGGGUAUAAGGCGAAGAGAAGAAUCAAAGUUGCCGUCAGGGCUGGGGGCUGUAGCGUCGUGGGAGAGCAUUUGCUUAGCAUCAGGAGGUUCUUUACCUCAUCCUCAGAGCCACCUGUCUCCUCCAAAGAAAAAAACUGGACUCCCAGCACAUUUGGUUAGAGCCACAAAAGGUUGUCGCUCACAUCACUCACUGAGAUGUGAAGACUGGAGUGGGAGGGGGAGGAGGAACAGGAGGCAUUUGCACUUGGACUUGGGGUUCUGAGUUCCCAAGGAAGAUGCCGGGGAGGCUGCUUGUUCCAUGCCUGAAGGUUCAAGGGAGCUUUCCAGUCCAAAGAGAUGAAUCUGAGAUGUGGGCGGUAUAAGGAUGGUAUGUAGAAAGUGCCAGGCUGAAUGAGCUCCCCGGGAAGCAAAGGCUGGAGUCAGCUGGAGUGCAGGACAGGCCCCGGGGCUGCCCUGGGAGCCAGGAGACUGAUGAGCGGCGGCGGAUGGGGAGGACCCAGGUGCCCCCUGUAAGCCACGCAGGAAGCGGGGUUACAGAGAGGUGUGUGUCUGUAGGACUCAGCAUGCUGGACAAGAGCGCUGGAGGAGAGGCAGGACUCUCUCAGGAUGCCCAGAGGGAAGGGACAGCCAAGGGAGCUGGCCUCUGUGGUACAGUUUCACAGUCGAUGUCUCAUCUGAUCCUCACCCUCACAGCUGAGGGACUAUGCUCAGAGAAGUUUGGUGGCAGGGCAGGCCAGAGCACUCCUAGGACACCCCUUGCCUCUGUCCCUUCCCACUCACAGGCAUUAAUUAGCCAAAUGUCUUCCAUGUACCAGCUAGUCUGUCAGACCCUGGGAAGAUGGCCUGACAUGGCCACUGACUGCUAGAGGAACAUCCGGGGUCUCAGAGCUCAGUGUACCCCCACUGCCCCCCACUCUGGGGCAGAUGAAGUGGCUGUCCACCUGGGGACUCGAGCCGAUCUGAAAGGACAAGCGAGGAAGGGGAGUGGGGAGCGGAGAGGAGGGUGAGUUGAGCUGACCCAGGCCAUUUGGGGUAGCAGGCAGCAUGGAGUCCCCUUGAGAGAGCCUGUCACAAGUGCAGAGGUUGGCAGCCUCCAGCUGUGGGCCUGCAGCCAACGAGACCUCACGUUCCAGCCACAGGCAGUCCUGAUGCAGGAGGGCCCAUUGGGCCGACCACAGCUCGGCUGCGUUUGGGGGGCUCUGGAGCCUCCUGCCGCUCUCCGGGCUUGUCUGACAGACUUGCUUUGUGCCAGAAACCUUCCUUUGCCGGCUCCUGCUUGCGCCCCCGUUAUUCACAGGGUACCUUCAGCAACGCACCCUGCCUCAGUCUCCUGGGAGACCCAUCCAGUGUUAGGGUCUCAGGCUUCAUGACUACCCCUCCCUUCUGAGCCACUCCCCUGUUGUAGCCUCAGUCUUCCCACGUGAAGAGCUGUAGUGCAACAACCAAUGCUUUGGAUGCAGACGGAGGUUAAUGUUGUCUUCCCAGCCAGCCCUUGUGAGAGGCAUGAGUCUCAGUGUGGGGCACUCCUUGGUCCCCUGCAGGCUCUGUACACCCUUCUAUUGGAGAAGGCAUGGACGUGUACUUUAAAAUCUGCUGGAGAGAAAGUGGCCAGAGCCCGGAGCGGGCAAAGGAAGUGCAGUGCUAUGUGAUCUUCGAUCUGGAGGGGCCACGUGAGGUGCGGUGGCCUGAGAAAGGACGGCAGAGGAAGCCGCGGCCGCUGGACCCCGGUGAGGGCUCUAAGGACACAGACAGCUCCGCAGGGCGUAGGGGCAGUGCUGGUAAGAGGCAUGGGCGCUGGCGGGGCCGGGCCGAGAGCCCAGGUGUGCCUGUGGCCAAGGUGGUGCGGGCGGUAACCAGCCGUCACAGAGCCAGCCGACGGGUCCCGCCUGCCCCGCCUCCCGAGGCACCGGGCCGCCAGAACCUGAGUGGAGCAGCAGCUGGGGAGGCACUGAUGGGGGCCGCCGGCUUCCCGCCACACGGAGACACAGGGAGCGUGGAGGGUGCCCCCCAGCCCACGGACAACAGCUUCACUCCAAAGUGCGAGAUUGUGGGCAAGGACGCGCUGUCAGCCCUGGCCCGGGCCAGCACCAAGCAGUGCCAACAGGAGAUCGCCAACGUGGUGUGCCUGCACCAAGCUGGGAACCUCAUGCCCAAGGCUGUGCCUCGUCACUGCCAGCUGGCUGGCAAGAUGAGUCCUGGCAUCCAGUGGGAAGAGAUUCGGGCUCAGCAGCCUGUUGGUGGCCCGCCGGUACGCAUUGCCUACAUGCUGGUGGUUCAUGGUCGUGCCAUCCGCCAGCUGAAGCGUCUUCUCAAGGCUGUCUACCACGAGCAGCACUUCUUUUAUAUCCAUGUGGACAAGCGUUCCAACUACCUGUACCGGGAGGUGGUGGAGCUGGCCCAGCACUAUGACAACGUGCGGGUGACGCCUUGGCGCAUGGUCACCAUCUGGGGCGGGGCCAGCCUUCUGAGGAUGUACCUGCGGAGCAUGAAGGACCUGCUGGAGAUUCCUGGCUGGGCCUGGGACUUCUUCAUCAACCUGAGUGCCACUGACUAUCCAACCAGGACAAAUGAGGAGCUGGUGGCAUUCUUAUCCAAGAACCGGGACAAGAAUUUCCUCAAGUCACAUGGGCGAGACAAUUCCAGGUUCAUCAAGAAGCAAGGCCUGGACCGGCUUUUCCAUGAGUGUGAUUCUCACAUGUGGCGCCUGGGUGAACGGCAGAUCCCGGCAGGCAUCGUGGUGGAUGGCGGCUCCGACUGGUUCGUGCUGACGCGCAGCUUUGUGGAAUACGUGGUGUAUACGGAUGACCCCCUCGUGGCGCAGCUUCGCCAGUUCUAUACGUACACGUUGCUUCCAGCCGAGUCCUUCUUCCACACAGUGCUGGAGAACAGCCCGGCCUGCGAGAGCCUGGUGGACAACAACCUGCGCGUCACCAACUGGAACCGGAAGCUGGGCUGCAAGUGCCAGUACAAACACAUCGUGGACUGGUGUGGCUGCUCCCCCAACGACUUCAAACCGCAGGACUUCCUGCGGCUUCAGCAAGUCUCCAGACCCACCUUCUUUGCCCGGAAGUUUGAGUCGACUGUGAACCAGGAAGUCCUGGAAAUUUUGGACCUCCACCUGUACGGCAGCUACCCACCCAACACACCGGCCCUCAAGGCCUACUGGGAGAAUACCUAUGACGUGGCGGAUGGCCCCAGUGGGCUCAGCGAUGUCUUACUCACCGCUUACACAGCCUUUGCCCGGCUCAGCCUGCGUCAUGCUGCCACUGCUGUACCCCCACUGGCCACUGCACUCUGCAGGUUUGAGCCCAGGGGGUUGCCGUCCAGCGUGCACCUGUAUUUCUAUGACGACCAUUUCCAGGGCUACCUGGUGACGCAGGCGGUGCAGCCCUCAGCCCAGGGGCCAGCAGAGACGCUUGAGAUGUGGCUGAUGCCCCAGGGGUCGCUGAAACUGUUGGGGCGCAGUGACCAGGCCAGCCGGCUCCAGAGUCUGGAGGUUGGCACUGAGUGGGACCCCAAAGAACGUCUCUUCCGGAACUUUGGGGGCCUGCUGGGACCAUUGGAUGAGCCUGUUGCCAUGCAGCGCUGGGCCCGGGGCCCCAACCUCACGGCCACCGUGGUCUGGAUCGACCCGACCUACGUUGUGGCCACAUCCUAUGACAUCACGGUAGACGCGGACACUGAAGUCACGCAGUACAAGCCCCCACUGAGCCGGCCGCUGCGGCCAGGAGCCUGGACUGUUCGAUUGCUUCAGUUCUGGGAACCCCUGGGGGAGACCCGCUUCCUUGUGCUGCCAUUGACCUUCAACCGCAAACUACCUCUCAGGAAAGAUGAUGCCAGCUGGCUGCACGCGGGACCACCCCACAAUGAAUACAUGGAGCAGAGUUUCCAGGGCCUAAGUGGCAUCCUGAACUUGCCUCAGCCAGAGACCAUGGAGGAGACUGCCCGGAGGCACACAGAGCUCACGGGUCCUGCACUUGAGGCCUGGACAGACGGGGAGCUGAGCGGUUUCUGGUCUGUGGCAGGAUUGUGUGCCAUAGGCCCUUCUGCUUGUCCCUCCCUGGAGCUCUGCAGACUGACCAGUUGGAGCUCUCUGUCUCCUGACCCUAAAUCGGAGCUGGGGCCUGUCAAAGCUGAUGGGCGACUCAGGUAGCAGGGCCCCAGCCAGCACAACCCGGAGGAGCCGGGGAAUUAAUUGCACCUUACAGACAAUGGAGGGACAUCUCUCCCACAGACAAGAACCAGAGGCCCAGGCAGUGUGCCCAUUUGAGCCAUCAGGAACCUGCAGUGAGGGCAGGGAUGGUGGGUGUAGUGCUCACUACGGCUAACGGCUCUGCAAGAGACCAGAGGUCCACGGGAACCAUGAGGAGGCGCUUCCUCUGCCUCCUCUAGUUUGUACUUUUUUAAAUCUCCAGUGAGUGGAGGAGGAGGAAGAUGUGCAAUAGGGCUCAGAGCAGGCCCAGGGAGUGGGCUGUGGCCAUGGGGAGCAUCACCGAGCCCAUCUGCUCCCGCUCUGGAGAGGUUUUGUCUGCCUCACCCUCCAGAGCCUCCAUCCCCAGCCUGGGCCUACGCUGCUCACAGCCGAGGCUGAGAGGCACAGGUGUCCCGCCAGGGUCCGAGGCCGGAGAACAGGUGAUUUGGGGGAUACCGUGGAGCUGGGCUUUAUGGGACGGCGGCUCCUCCGGUAGCCAGGGGACCCUGGGACAGGGGUGGGGCUGGCCCUCAGGCUUUCCAGCACACCUUGCCCUAGCAAAUGCAGGACAUGAGAGCCUGCUGAGAUCCGUGCAGUUUCCCAGGUGUGCCCUGGAAGACGGAGCCCCACUGGCGGCAGAGGAAGACUGUCGGGGCACUCAGAAGAACUUGAAGUUGCAUUGUGCCUGAAGCUCAGUGUGAAGUCUGAAAUAUGCAACAGAGGAAAUAUAUCUCUUAUCUCUCCAAGCUGAA